AACGAUCCGAAAGACUUUAUAGUAUUUGCUUUUGUCGUCACAGGACAGAGCAGUUAAAUCAGUAACUUGCUGUUAUUUGAUUUAACGUUGAUCAUGUUGUGUCGACUAUUAGCGUGCACGCUUCUCUUUUUUAUAACAUUUGCGUCGGCGGGGCCAGUCCCUGACAUUGCCUUACAAUUGGCCCUAACGAUUCCAGACAGCGAGUCGGGAGCCAAUGUAGCGCAAUGGACCGAAGAAAUGAACGUGAACCCCGAGGAAUUGGGCAACUACUUGGAAGGUGACAUCAUGGUCACAGAAAGCACCACAAGAAACGGUGCGAAAGAUCCAAAACUCCGUUGGCCUAAUGGCAUUAUUCCUUACGAAAUCAAGGGUAGCUUCAAUAGCGCACAAUUGAACCUUAUACAUGAAGCGAUGAAAGAUUACCAGAAGUAUACAUGCAUUCGGCUUAAACCAAGAACGAACGAGAAUGAUUAUGUCGUCAUCACUAGCGAUAAUACUGGAUGUCAUAGCUAUAUUGGCAGGAUUGGUGGUAGACAAGUACUGAACUUACAGAUUCCUGGUUGUGUAACAAAGAAGGGCACCGCAAUACAUGAGAUCAUGCACGCUACUGGCUUUUGGCACGAGCACACCAGACCUGAUCGUGAUUCUUACGUGACUAUCAACACAAAAAAUAUUAUACCAAAAACCUUGGGAAAUUUCGUCAAGCUUUCCCCUGAUAUCGUCGAGGAUUACGGCAUCCCUUAUGAUUACGGCAGCGUAUUGCACUAUUCAGCAUACGCGUUUGCUAUAGAUGGAAACGUAAAAACUAUCGUGCCAAAAAAUUCGCAGGCAGUAAUCGGUCAGAGAGAGGGUUUCAGCAAGUCGGACUAUCAAAAGAUCAACAAAAUGUACAAGUGUAAAGUGUAAAGUGUAAAAUAUUACAUAUUCAGCAUUUAUGUCAGAGAUCAGUACUGACGAAUGGAUGUAACUUCGAUAAUAUUUUUGUGUAUUAGGAAGAAAUUCUAAAUUAGCAACAUUUAAUAAAAAUCUAUGUAUUGUGAAGAAAAA